CAAACAGUGUACCAUCCCGUACUUGCAGUCAUUCAGACACAUCUCAGACCCGACGCUGCACAGGGGGCACAGCGAGACGCUUCUUCCAAAUCCUGCCACUCAUCAUAUUGACGUUCAACGCGGUGCACAGACAGGACACCUACCCACCAGCACACAGCCGAUACCAGCACACACUGCUGCUCCCUUUGCUGUAAAAUGCAACAGCAGUCUUUUCAGGAUAAAGCCAGCGUUCAUUCAUGAGCAGCGCCUCUGCUAAACAGGGACAGACACCGGGGGACAGGAGCGGUGAGCGGCCGGGGAGGCCUGCCCUCAUUGCUCCCUCUUUAAGGAAGAGAAAGUGAUGUCACGCCACCACCAUCGCUUUGAGAGGGACUACCAGGGACCCUGGGAGCGGAGAGAUAUCCGGCUUUCUGGCCUCCACAAUGGAGGAGCCAAUCACAGCUGUGCCUCUGCUGUUGUCAAUGGCAACAACCGUCCAGGGCUCCUCCCCCUCCCGGUCAUCCCUUCCCUCCUUCCCAACCUGGUAUCAGUGACAACAGCGAGCAGCGACACAGCAGUCAAGAGAGGCAUCACUGCUGCAGGAAUGGUGACUCCAACCAAGGUCUCAGGUGUGUCUCCUGUUGAUAACCAGAGCCCAGGACUGCUGCUAGCUCCAGGGGUGAAGUGGGGACAGACGCCCAUUAACCAGCUCACACCUUGGGAUACAGAUGAGCCGCCUACCAAGCAGCAUCGGGACAGGGAGCCCAAUGGUUCAACCUGGGCUGCACCAGGAGCUGUAGUGAGCCAGCCCAGCCUCCUUCCUCACACCUACACCCUCCCUCAGCCACCCUCCUUUAGCCACAGUGUGACUGUGCAAUCACCCUUAAGAGCAGUAACACCGUCCAUCCAGACAUCGAUUCCCCCACAGCAUCCUCUCAUGAUGGCCCACUUUCAGCUGACCCCACAGUCUACCCAGCAGCCUCCCACUAUGGUUAUGAGCCUGCCCAGUCAGUCUCCGUACCCCUCUGCCCAGCCUGUUGUCACGACGUCCGCCCUCACAGUUCAAUCCAGCCAGGUUGUUCAUCCAAACCUUCACAGCAUGAUUGGUAAUGGCCAUUUGACCUCUCAUCCUGGCCUCAUGCAGUCUCCCUUACCUCUGACCAAUGGACUGGGAGCAGCAGCACAGGCUCCGCCCUCAGCUGCAGCCUAUCAGGAUAAUCCUAACAGGCUACAAAUGCUGCGGACAGUAGGGAUGGGGCAGUACGAGUUCAGUGACCCAGGACAUCCUAAAGAGAUGUUGAAGGAGCUGAACCAGCAGCGCAGAGCGAAAGAGUUUACAGACCUGAAAAUAAUAGUUGAUGGCAAAGAGUUUGAAGUCCACCAAAAUGUUCUAGCUUCCUGCAGCUUGUAUUUCAAGGACCUGGUGAAAAGGUCGUUGGGAGAGACGAGGAGAGGGGAAAUGCUGGAGCUGAACAUGAGCAACAUCAACGCCGACGUGUUAGAGCUGCUGCUCGAGUUUGUCUACACAGGAUCGCUGGUCAUCAACUCGGCUAAUGCCAAGACGCUGCUGGAGGCCGCCAACAAGUUCCAGUUCAACACCUUCUGUAAAGUCUGCGUCUCAUUCCUAGAGAAACAACUGACUGCAGCUAACUGUCUGGGAGUGCUGGCAAUGGCUGAAGCCAUGAGUUGCAUAGAGCUCCAUAACAUGGCCAAAGCUUUUGCACUGCAGAACUUCCCUGAGGUGGCGGGACAGGAAGAGAUUCUGAGUGUGUCCAAGAAGGAUCUGGUGUCCUACCUAUCCAACGACAGUCUCAACACCAAGGCUGAGGAGCUGGUCUACGAGACAGUCAUCAAAUGGAUCAAACAAGACCCGGACCCCAGAGUACAGAGUUUGUCAGAGCUGCUUGCGGUGGUGCGUCUUCCCUUCAUCCACCCGUCCUACCUCCUCAACGUGGUGGAUAAUGAGGAGCUGAUCAAAUCAUCAGAGGCGUGUCGGGAUCUGGUCAACGAGGCCAAACGCUAUCACAUGCUGCCUCACGCCCGACAGGAGAUGCAGACGCCCAGGACUCGACCGAGGCUAUCUGCUGGUGUAGCAGAGGUGAUAGUUCUGGUGGGAGGGCGUCAGUCGAUUGGGAUGAACCAGCGCUCCCUGACAGCAGUCACCUGUUUCAACCCCCAGAACAGUAAGUGGUACCCGCUGGCCAGCCUGCCCUUCUACGACCGAGACUUCUUCAGUGUCAUCUCAGCUGGAGACCACAUCUACUUGUCAGGUGGCACAGAUGCCGGUGUGAUGGUGGCUGACGUUUGGUGCUACAUGUCUCUGCUUGAUAACUGGAGUCUGGUGUCCCGGAUGACGGUGGCUCGUUGCAAACACAGCAGCCUAGUGUAUGACGGAAAGCUGUACACCAUCGGAGGACUGGGAGUAUCAGGGAACCUGGACCAUGUGGAGAGGUAUGACACAAUCACCAACCAAUGGGAGACGGUCUCUCCUCUUCCUAAGCCGGUCCAUUCAGCAGCAGCCACAGUGUGUGGAGGGAAGGUUUUUGUGUUCGGAGGUGUGAACGAGGCCGGCCGCUCUGCAGGUGUCCUCCAGUCCUACGUACCACAGAGCAACACCUGGAGCUUCAUUGAAUCACCUAUGAUAGAUAACAAAUACGCCCCUGCAGUGAGUCUGAAUGGUUUGAUAUUCAUCCUGGGAGGAGCCUACGCUCGAGCCAUCACCAUCUAUGACCCAGACAAAGGCAACAUCAAGGCUGGUCCCAACAUGAAUCACUCUCGACAGUUCUGCAGCGCUGUGGUCCUAGAUGGAAAGAUCUUCACCACAGGAGGCAUCGUGAGCAGUGAGGGUCCCGCCCUUAGCAGUAUGGAGACCCUUGACCCUUGCACCAACACAUGGACACCCCUGCAGUCUCUGCCUUGUCCGCUCUUUAGACAUGGCUGUGUGGUCAUCAAAAAGUACAUUCAGAGUGGUUGAGGGUGACUGGGACUCCAAGGUACUGGUUUUAACGCCAAAAACUACUUGAGCUCUGAUUGGGACAAUGUGUGACAGCAGCUUUGGGCAAUUCAGUAUGUGACCUCUGGACUUGAUGCCAGCAUCCAUCCACGCCUCUUUCCUGUCCCACUCUACAAAAAGCCCUGUGCAGAAUGUGCUCAUGUUCAACUACUCAGCCAUGUCAAGUGACAAUGCCUAACUCCAGGACUGUACGUGCCAAUGUAGUAGAUCAUCCUCUAUACAACAGGCACAGGGACCCUCUCAGUAAACUCCUUUUUGUUUUUUUAACAAAGUCUUUAUUGUUUCAGUUUUGUUUCUGUAAACACAUCACCCCAUAUUUCUUAACUUUGGUUAAACUCAGUGACAGCCAAUGCAGGGUGACAUUUCUGAACCUUUGCAGAAUGAUGUUCGACAGGUGAAGCUCUCAGGGCCAAAUCUCAGAGAGCAGAGUUCCUUUUUUACACAUGAAUACUUGAAUAGUGAAUAGUGGUGAGAUCAAGUGAAGGAAAGGACUGUUUUCCUCUUUCAAUAGAAUUGAGUCCCAUCUUUCUUCACUUUGUCAGGACAUGACAUACUUACCGAGUGUGGAUUCAUGAGAUAAAUACAAAAAAAAACAGUUCCUUUGAACUUGGUGAGGAAAUAAUCAGGCUAGCUACAGUUAAAAGGAAGAGAGAAUCAUGAUCUUCUUUGUGUGAUUCAAGUAGGUUGAGAGAUCAUUUGGAUAGUGAGUAAUUUGUUUCUUCCUUGCUCUUUGGGACAAAGAAUGCAAUUCAGUGAGGGACAGGCAGGCAGGCAGGCAGGCAGGCAGGCAGGCAGGCAGGCAGGCAGGCAGGCAGACAGACAGACAGACAGACAGACAGACAGACAGACAGACAGACAGACAGACAGACAGACAGACAGACAGACAGACAGAUGGUUCAGUCACUCUGGAAAAAAGCACAAUUAUCACCUGUGACUGUUAUCGUACAUUCAUCUGUUGAUUCAUUGUUUCUGUGUUUCAUAAGUUUCCUUGAACCAUCUUCACACUUUGAUUAAUGUUUUUAUUGCAAACUGAAAUAAGUUGACUUUGUAUUUUGUAAAUAAAGGGAAGAAAUAUGUA